AACCUGUAAUAUAUAUGUUGAGCAGAUGGUAAGAGGACUACAGCAAAUAGCUAAGCAGAGUUGAAAACACAUAUCGCUUUUGCAUAACAAGAAAAUGGCAGCCUCUUACCAUGCUCGAUCAAACAGCUUGCCCUCAAGGCAACACCCCAUCGUUUCACAAAUCGACGAGAACUUGAACCGAUUGAGGGCAUCUCAAUCAGCCUCCACAUCAUCAUCCAUAGGCCACAAUCUAAGUGGUAUUCAGGAUUUGCAUGAAUGUGUUGAUGUAUUGCUUCAAUUUCCCCUCACCCAACAAGCUCUCGACCAAGAGAAGCAAAGGGAAAUGGUUGAAGAGCUUUUGGAUGGAUCUCUCAUGCUCUUGGAUGUAUGUACCACUGCUAAGGAUGCCUUGUUGCAGACAAAGGAAUGCACACAAGAGCUUCAAUCAAUUUUGCGCAGAAGACGUGGAGCCGAAGGGCUUGCUAAUGAUUUUAGGAAACACUUGACAUCUAGGAAAGCCAUGAAAAAGGAAAUCUGCAAGGCGUUAAAGAACUUGAAGCAUAUACAGAAUAAACUCAGUACUCCUGGCGAGAAUGUAGCUGUGAUUAGCGUCUUAAGAGAUGUAGAAGCAGUUACCAUCAGCGUGCUAGAAUCCGUAUUGUCCUUUAUUUCAGGGCCAGAGGCAGAAUCAAAAUCGUGCCGUUGGCCGCUAGUUUCGAAGCUAAUGCACCAGAAGAAAGUAAUGUGCGAGGAAGAACAGAAAGCAAAUGAAAUUUUGAGUGCUGAAGCUGCAGUGCGUUCCUGCACCAAAUUUGAAAACAUGAAGCAUGUCGAGAACAUGCAAAAGGAGCUUCAAGGCUCAGAGUUGAGCAUCCAAGAUCUUGAAGAAGGCCUUGAAACCCUCUCCGGGCGUAUGAUCAAAACUAGAGUUACUGUUCUUAAUAUCAUCAGCUGUUAAAUAUUGGCAUCGCAGUUGUACAUAUAUACUGUAAUUUUACGGAGGUUAUACAAUAGAAAAGAAAUACAAAGAUUAUACAAUCUUCUUUCUCAAAA